UUCUUCCCAUCCCAAGUUCUUUUUGCUCUUCCAUGUCAAAAUACUGGCCUCUCUUUGAGCUGCAUCAGCUUGUGCAGUUGACGCAUUCCACCACCGGAAAGACCAUCUUUUAUUCCCAAGUUCAUUUAGCCUCUGACGACCAUGUCGACGAAGAUGAGGCCGGAGGCUGGGUUCUAAGCGCAUUUACAGGCAAGACCUAUUUCGAGCGCGAAUACAGACGUGACGAUCUCAACGAUCUCCUGACCACGACAGGAGAUAAGGACUGGUCAUUCUUUGCAAGACGGUUCAAGAAGGCAAUCCUUGAGGGAUAUUUCCAUAUUGUGGACACGAACCCCAGAGAAUGCAAGCUCAUUGUUGAUAACGAUGUACACUCACGGACGGGCAGCAGCCAGAGUGCGCUCGAAACGAUAGAAAUCGAAAUGUUUCCUGUCAAUCAUGCGACCCGUGGCGAAAAGCUCAGCGAGUUCAUGUUUGAGUGCACAAAAUAUAUUCAGGCUCGCGGAUGCAGUCUUAUGGACUCGAAAGAUUUAGGAACCAAGCUAGCUCCCCAUCUAAUUGGCAGCGUAGGAUCAACAACUACUACGAACGCCGAGACUGCAGGGGAUAGGAAUGGUGCAGGAAGAGGGGACAGGAACUAUGAUGAUCUGAAGUUGGAGCGCGAUAAUCUCAAGACUGAAAAUGCAGAGCUGAAACAGGAAAUCGAAAGGCUGCAUGCCAACGCUCUCAAAGCGAACAAUAUGUCUCAAGGCGGUCUGGGAGCAGCGAGCGGUCGACCCAAGUCAAAGAACGCACAGAUGGCCAUGAUGGUGAAGGAACAGCUCCUCAAAAAACGUAAGGGCGUCAGCGCUCUGAACCCGCGUAUGAAAAGGGGCGUCGUGGCAAAGGGAACAGAAUUCGGGAGUGACGACGACGACGACGAUGAGGAUGAUGAAUAAGGCAGCGUUCGCCACUGUGUUGUACCAUCGCUAGUCAGCAUUAGUUGUAUAAGAUUU